AUGUAAGAGACACCUACUCCUGAAAUAACUGAUGAAUAAGUAUAAUAGUUCUAAAAAGAUCAUUAUUUUGAACAUGAAAUAAAAGGUGAGACUCUACAAGGUUUGGCUAUAAAAUAUAACAUUACUCCAGAAUCUAUUCGAAAAUUUAACAAUCUCACAACAAAUGAAAUUUAUUAUCUCAAAUCAAUUAUAAUUCCAAAUUAAUCCUCAUAUGAUAAUUAAUAAAAAGAAAUGGAUUAAAAUUCUCUACAUAAAAUAUUUAUGUUGCAAUAUAUGCUUAAAAACAUUCUGGAUCCCACUGAUCAUAGUGAAAAAGUAGCUAAGUAUUAUUUAGAAGUUGCAGAUUGGGAUUUAAAUAAAGCAAUACAAGAAUAUAAGGAAGAUAGAGAAUUUGAUAAAUGA